AUGUGGCACUGCUCACUCUUCACCUCAUUGCAGCCCACCUCUUGCCGCCUAUACUACACUGGUAUCAUCCAAGAUGGCCUCCCGUCACGUGAGGCUUCACUGUUGUACGCGGAUGUCUGUUCCUCUUCACUGCCCCCACCUGAUGCGGAACUGAGCUCCAAACCGCUGCUCUUCCAAGCACCGGGAGCUCACCCGCGGGAAACCUCCCUGGCGGCAAGUCUUCUGCGAGAGCGCAUGCGGAUGGAGUACUCAGGAAUCUCCGAUCUCAAGGUGGACGUAGACACAGGCUGUAUUCUGGUGCUGAUGGGCGACCAGCUAUUGCACUUCUUCGAUAACCGAGCGGACAGCUGCCCAUCCUCCCUGACUCUAUCCGCAAACAGUGCUGAAGGUCCCGUCAGCGGAGUCACCCGGCCAACCCUCAUACCAGUCUCUAGUCCUCUGCAGCCUGCUAUAUGCCCAGUGAAUCCCUAUCUGGUCGCCAUGGUAUCAGACAUCGAUCUCAUACUCGCUGCCGUACCAAGGCCAACGACGGUAGCCGGUGUUGAUGCCAGCCCAAACCCGCCCGCAAUUGUAAAUCUGACCAAUCUCCCCUCGGGUGCUGCGCUGUCUGCGGGCUCACCGGCCUUCGUAAUUCAGGAGGAGUUCGACCGAUACGUUGGCUUUUGGUGGCGACCGCGUUCGGAAACAAAUUCCGCGGGCAACAACGUAUAUUGGUUGCUCUAUGAAGAAACAGACGAAUCCAUGGUGGACAUCACCUACCUACCUCGUAGCGGUGCCUGGGGUGCGGAGUUAGAGCCGCAUCGUUAUCCCAAACCAGGCAAAGCCAAUGCAACAUCGACUCUCAAGUUGGUCAGAUUUGAGAUGGGCCGAAAUAACGAGAUCACGGAGGUCCGGAAAAUGACUUUGCCGUGGCCGCUUUUCAAGUUGCUGCCUGACUUUGAGUACAUUGUGCGGGCUGGUUGGACUAAAGAUGGCAGCCAGUAA